UCUCACCCUCUUCACUCUAAAACCCAAGGCGAAGCAAACGGUCAGAAUUCAGAAAUGGCACUCAAAAACCUCUCGACAUUAUUCUGUCCUCCUCCCCUAAAUCAUCACCAUCUCUCCUAUAUAAACCCCAAAUCCCUCAAAAUAUGCAGAAGACGCAUUACUAUCUCCUGCAAAUCCAGUGAAUCAGAGGCGCCAGUCUCCGACACCCAAUUAUUGGGCUCGAGAGCUGAUCCUGAAGGAACUGGUGCGGCUGCCCCGACUCCCGGUGAGCGUUUCCUUGGACGCCAACAAGCGCAUGAGGCUGCUAAGCUGGUAAUGAGAGAGAUGAAGAAGAGUAAGAAGAAGAAGAAAGAGAAGGUUUUGAAGGUUAAGACGGCAGUUGCUUGUUGUUACGGAUGUGGAGCUCCUUUGCAGACGGCGGAGGUGGAUGCUCCGGGUUAUGUGAACCCAGAUACUUACGAAUUGAAGAAGAGACACCACCAGCUUAGAACUGUUCUUUGUGGGAGGUGCCGGCUUCUAUCUCAUGGGCACAUGAUUACAGCAGUGGGUGGUAAUGGAGGCUAUCCUGGUGGUAAGCAAUUUGUUUCAGCUGAUGAGCUUCGUGAAAAGCUGUCUCACUUGCGCCAUGAAAAAGCUCUGAUUGUUAAAUUAAUUGAUGUGGUGGACUUUAAUGGGAGCUUUCUGUCUCGUGUGCGUGAUUUAACUGGUGCAAAUCCAAUUAUACUAGUUGUGACAAAGGUCGACCUCCUUCCAAAAGGGACAGAUCUUAAUUGUGUUGGUGACUGGGUCGUAGAGACCAUCACAAAGAAGAAGCUCAAUGCUUUAAGCGUGCAUCUCACUAGCUCAAAGUCUUUAGUUGGGAUUACAGGUGUUAUGUCAGAAAUUCAGAGGGAGAAGAAGGGACGGGAUGUUUAUAUUCUGGGGUCGGCUAAUGUUGGGAAAUCAGCAUUCAUUAAUGCUUUACUGAAAACGAUGGCACAAAGGGAUCCGGUAGCAGCAGCAGCACAAAAGUACAAACCAAUUCAAUCUGCUGUUCCAGGAACUACCCUAGGUCCAAUUCAGAUAGAUGCUUUUCUUGGAGGAGGCAAAUUAUAUGACACACCUGGGGUUCAUCUGCACCAUAGGCAAGCUGCAGUAGUCAACUCCGAAGAUUUACCUGCUCUUGCUCCUCAAAGUCGGCUAAGGGGUCAAUCAUUUCCAGUGGCACCUGGGAAUGGUUUGGAAGGAAGUUCCAAUGGCUUAAAUGGGUUCUCAAUAUUUUGGGGCGGCCUUGUCAGAAUUGAUGUUUUAAAGGUCCUUCCAGAAACACGCUUAACAUUCUAUGGACCCAAAGCUUUGCAGAUUCAUGUUGUAUCCACUGAUAAAGCAGAUGAAUUCUACCAGAAAGAACUCGGAGUUCUUUUGACACCUCCAACGGGAAAAGAAAGAGUAGAUGACUGGAGAGGACUUGAAACCAUGCAUCAAUUACAAAUAAAUUUUGAAGAUGCAAAAGGACCUGCUAGUGAUGUUGCUAUUUCUGGUCUGGGGUGGAUUGCUGUUGAACCGGUGGGCAGAUCCCUCACAAAUUCCGAUAAUGAUGUAGAAGAAACUGCAAAAGAAUUGCAUUUUGCUGUCCAUGUGCCCAGGCCUGUUGAGAUUUUUGUUCGGCCUCCAAUGCCGGUGGGCAAGGCAGGAGCAGAGUGGUACCAGUACCGAGAGUUGACAGAAAAGGAAGAAGAAAUAAGACCAAAAUGGUACUUCUGAUGGUUUUCCUUCUUUUCUUUUUUUUUUUUUCCUUUUUUUUUUACAAUUAUUUAUUGCAUAAUUGUAUCUUGUAACACAUUGGAAAAUAAGAGCUUGAUGAAUUA